UAUAAUGAACUAAGAGUACCCAAAUUGUGAAGAAAAAGAAGCCCAUAUCCAAUUAAAUUACAUUACAAUUACUACACAAAAUCGUGGUUCCCUCCCUCGCCCGCCUUUCGCCUUCACUGAGUUGAAGUAUCGAGAAUCUAUCACUACUUUGGAUUUUAAGCAAUGGAUGAUAACUUGUAUGAUGAAUUUGGUAACUAUAUUGGACCUGAUAUCGAGUCAGACCAAGGGAGUGAAGGUGAGGAAGAAGAAGAUGAAGACCUUCCUGACAGGCAUGUCCAAGAGGAGGGACAGCAAUCUAAUGGGGAGGCUCCAGAUGGGGUGUCUAAUGGAUGGAUUACAGCUGCUAAUGAUGUUGAUAUGGAUAAUCAGAUUGUUCUUGCUGAGGACAAGAAGUAUUACCCAACUGCGGAAGAGGUUUAUGGUGAGGAUGUUGAGACCUUGGUUAUGGAUGAAGAUGAGCAGCCUCUUGAGCAACCUAUUAUCAAGCCUGUUAAGAAUAUCAAGUUUGAGGUCGGAGUUAAGGAUUCUUCGACUUAUGUGUCGACCCAGUUUCUUAUUGGUUUGAUGUCAAACCCGGGUUUGAUCCGCAAUGUUGCCCUCGUUGGACACUUGCAGCAUGGGAAGACGGUGUUUAUGGACAUGUUGGUUGAGCAAACCCACCAUAUGAACACGUUUGAUCAAAAUAGUGAGAAGCACAUGAGAUACACUGAUACAAGAAUUGAUGAGCAAGAAAGAAGGAUAUCUAUUAAGGCAAUCCCGAUGUCACUUGUUCUUGAGGACAGUAAUGGGAAAUCCUAUCUCUGUAAUAUCAUGGACACUCCUGGUCAUGUGAAAUUUUCUGAUGAAAUGACUGCUGCUCUUAGGCUUGCUGACGGUGCCGUGUUGAUUGUUGAUGCAGCUGAAGGAGUGAUGGUAAAUACUGAGAGGGCUAUACGCCAUGCAAUACAGGACCGCAUACCUAUUGUAGUUGUUAUAAACAAGGUUGACCGGCUGAUAACAGAACUUAAGUUGCCCCCCAAGGAUGCUUAUCAUAAACUAAGGCAUACCCUGGAAGUAAUUAAUAACCAUAUAUCUGCAGCCUCUACAACUGCUGGUAAUGUUCCAGUUAUUGAUCCUGCUGCUGGAAAUGUUUGUUUUGCUAGUGCAAGUGCAGGAUGGUCCUUCACUUUGCAGUCAUUUGCAAAAUUAUAUGUCAAACUACAUGGAAUUCCAUUUGAUGCUGAGAAGUUUGCAUCUUGUCUUUGGGGUGAUAUUUAUUAUCAUCCUGAUACCAGGGCUUUUAAAAGGAAACCCCCUGCUGGCGGAGGAGAACGAUCAUUUGUUGAAUUUGUGCUUGAACCCCUCUAUAAGAUAUAUAGCCAGGUGAUUGGUGAACGUAGGAAGAGUGUAGAGUCGACUCUCGCAGAGUUGGGUGUCACUCUUAGCAAUGCUGCUUACAAGUUAAAUGUUAGGCCUUUGCUAAGGCUGGCUUGCAGCACAUUUUUUGGUUCAGCCUCAGGCUUCACUGAUUUUCUGGUUCAACACAUACCAUCUCCAAAGGAUGCUGCAGCUAAGAAGGUUGAUCACACUUACACAGGACCUAAACAUUCUAUGAUUUACAGGGCCAUGGUAGAAUGUGAUCCAUCUGGUCCCCUUAUGGUCAAUGUGACCAAACUAUAUCCCAAGUCCGAUUGUAGUGUUUUCGAUGCUUCUAGUAGGGUUUACAGUGGUAGAAUUCAAACUGGGCAGUCUUUGAGAGUACUGGGAGAAGGCUAUUCACCAGAUGACGAGGAGGACAUGACAUUAAAAGAAGUAACCAAAUUAUGGAUCUACCAAGCUCGAUACAGAAUACCUAUAAGCAGUGCUCCUCCUGGUUCUUGGGUUCUUAUUGAAUGUGUUGAUGCUUCAAUUAUGAAAACUGCCACCCUCUGUAAUAUGGAUCUUGAUGAAGAUGUAUACAUUUUCUGGCCGUUACAGUUUAAUACUCUUCCUGUUGUAAAAACAGCUACUGAGCCUUUAAAUCCUAGUGAGUUGCCCAAAAUGGUGGAGGGGCUUCGGAAGAUCAGCAAAAGCUGUCCUCUAGCAAUUACUAAAGUUGAGGAAUCUGGUGAGCACACUAUAUUAGGUACUGGAGAGUUGUACUUGGACUCAAUUAUGAAGGACCUUAGGGAGCUUUAUUCAGAGGUGGAAGUUAAGUCGAGCAAGGUCGACCCUUUGGUUUGCGACGUAAUUCUCUAUCCGGUAACAGCUUAAAAUGAGCAAGAGAUACGGGUGGUCACUUACGUUCAUCUUGGGUUGGUGGAAAAACGUGUCUCCAGACGUUGUACAUGUUUUCUAAUUUGUCCACUUCGUCCACAUAGCUCAUCGGAUCCAGACGGAAAUUCUGACAAGCUGCAAUAACAUGAGCGCAUGGAUAACGAAGUGCAUCAAAUAUCCCACAGUCGCAAGUCUUAUUUCGCAAGUGUACGCGAUAUUGCCCGCCAACAACUCCUUGGUGCUGUCUGUCAAGCUUUGUCACGCGAAACCAUAAGUUGUCUCGAUCGUGAUACACUGUGUGCAUGGUGUUCGCCCGCGCCUUGGCCUUGUUAAUUUCUUGAACUACCUUACUGCACCAUACAUGGCAUUCUUGCCUCUGGUCUGUAUAACUUGCUGCUCUCUUUGGAAAUAGCAUCGCCAAACGAAAAUAUGUCUCUCGCACAACCGAUGUUAUCGGUAGAUGACGCGUUCCUUUUAGAAUAGAAUUUAUGCAUUCAGCCAGAUUUGAGGUCAUAUGAUUAUAUCGUAGGCCGUCGUCAUAUGAUUGUGCCCACUGUUCGAAACGUAUGUUUGAAAGGUAGUCCGCGCCUUCUCCGUUAAUUGAACGUAAAGUUGCCAACAUCUCGUGGAAACGACAUUUAUUUUUUUCAUACUUUGCCAAUAUAAGUUCAUAGCGAAUAUUACAUA